AUGGACAACAGCAAACUCACCCUUGACAACUUUAGCUCGGUAGCUAUGGAUAGACCAGCCAACCUCCCGGCACCACAGACCUCUAUGCAGGAUCUAAUAAAUCUCAUGGCCAUGCUUGUCCGGAACAUUAACAGCCUCACGACCACCGUGAACCAGUUUAUAGCAAAUGCGUGUCAGACGACCGCAUCAGUUUCUUCCACCCAGUCGCGGUCUUUUGUCGAGAAGCCCUCUACCUUCGACGGCAAGUCGUCAGAAAAAGCCAGGCUCUUCCGCAGCACUUUUCGUGUGUACAUCUGCGCAAACAAAGAAAUAUUUGCAAUGCAGGACACCAAUGACGCAAUCAUCCUCGAUGCUAACGGUAACUGGAUAAUGGACCCUGUCAAAAUGAUCACGGGCGUCCUUUCCUUCAUGACAGAUGACACAGCGACAGAAUUCGUCAGACAGUUCUUGGCCAAGUUCGAACCCGUGGAUGCAAAAAACGAGGCCAAGCAGAAGCUCAUGUUGAUCAAACAGGACAACAGGACAUUCACAGACUACCUCUCCAACUUCGAAACCUACUCUCGGCGCACCGGGUGGUCAGACAACGAUCUUUAUGACUGUCUCAAGUCUGGCAUGAACUUCGACUACCUUAACAGGUUGUCCUACUUCACUCCCCUAGCCACGAACUACAACAUGGUAAAGAACUAUGGAGCAACGAUCGACCUGCAGAAAGCAAACUUGGCAGCCAAUCAAGGCAAACCAGUCUCGUAA